AUGAGUGGGCUUACGUUGAAAUUCACAUCUUUGUUGAUUCGGACGGUGGCGAAGCCGAUAUCUAACUCGAUCAAGGCCCAGGCAAAGGAACAUGAACACUUUCGUCGCAAUUGUAUACGAUUUGCCCAAAUGAUGCACCACGCCGAUUUGAAGAUGAGAAUGAACUUAUUGGGGGAAAAGAAGAUCAAGAUUCGUCCGUUGAACGACAACAAGGCCAUUGAGAAGGGUGCCAACUUUUUGAGUGAGAUGUUUGUAUUUUCGGUGGCGGGGUCGUUAAUAUUCUACGAAUCGUACCGAAGCAGAAAGAAGACGAAUCUCGAGAAAUCCAAUGUCCAGGACGACAUAACGUUCCUCCAGGACGAGAUUGUUGCCCUCCAACAAGAAUUAGAAGACGUGAAAUCAAAGCUCGCCAACAAGCCAGCAGAUGCAUCUGGUAAGUAG